AUGCAGUCUCAAGAGACAACCACCACCAAUUCAUCCAAACAGGAACCCAAUCUCAAAGUAUACAAGAACCAGCCAACCCUGAACCCCGACGGCCUGAUCGAUCCUGACCGCGUGCUUGACAUCACAGACGGUCAUCGGUUCCGCGCGUUGAGCAGCGACACGGACCAGAAACUUGAUACUAACACUGAUAUUGAUAUUGAUGUUGAUAAUGAAAUCGAUAUCGAAAUCCAAGCAAUCCAAACCCCGGGCCAUGCUAAAGACCACAUGUCAUUCCUCGUCACUCGGUCCUCGGACCCGCAGGAAAUCGGGGCCAUCUUCACGGCAGAUAACGUCCUAGGUCACGGCACUGCGGUGUUUGAAGACCUGGGUGUCUAUCUGGAUAGUUUGGCGUUGAUGAAACGACGUGUUGUGGAGAGUAUUGCUGCACAAGAAGCCGUGAGCGGCCCGAACGGUGGGAAUGAUGCAUCCGAAAACACGGAUAAAACAACCAAAACCAAAAAACGCGCAUACCCGGGCCACGGCGCGGUGGUGGAAGACGCAGUGGCCAAGAUCGACGAGUAUAUCGCCCAUCGACGCAUGCGGGAGGAAGAAGCGCUGAAUGUUUUGCGAUUCGGGACGACUGGUAAGCCGGAAAAGGGGAAAGGGACAGGGACAGGGAAGGCUUCGGCCCAUGACUCUAUUACUCGAUAUGGUGAUGGGGACAGCAACAGCGAAAACGAAAGUGAGGGUGAUGGUGAACGUAAAAGAGAUCAGAGUACUCCAGCCGGAAAGGAAUGGACAAGUAUCGACAUGGUCAAGGUCAUCUACAGACAUUACCCGGAGAAUCUGUACCAGCCGGCCGAACAUGGGUUGUUGAUGGUGCUGGAGAAGCUGAGGCGGGAUGGGAAAGUGGUCAAGACGCCGGAAGGGACAUGGAGGGCCAGUGAGAAGGCUAUUCUUUGA